GCGACAACAAAAUGAGAACAGGCCCGCGCUAUCUCAAGGAAGACUGCAGGUGACGUUGCCGUGACGUCAGGGGAAACCCGGGAAGCAUGGCAGUCCUACGACUGCUUUCGGGCCUAAGCAGGCCGCCUCGCCUCAGAUGCUGCCUCCUCGCUCAAGCGAGCGCCACGCGCCUCCCCGAGGCCCCGCUUUGCGCCCUGCCCAGUCGCCAUGAGCCUCCUCAAAGGGCGAGGCGGCCUCUCAGCACCGUCUCUGCGGAGCGCCUGGUGCGAGCGGCUCCCAGGUCCCUUCAGCCCUACUUACGCCUCAUGAGGCUGGACAAGCCCAUUGGAACCUGGCUCCUAUAUCUUCCUUGCACCUGGAGCAUAGGCCUUGCAGCAGAACCGGGCUGUUUGCCCUCCUGGUACACGCUGUUACUCUUCGGCACUGGAGCAGUCCUGAUGCGGGGAGCUGGCUGUACCAUAAAUGACAUGUGGGAUCAGGACUAUGACAAAAAGGUCACAAGAACGGCGGGUCGGCCGCUGGCUGCUGGGAAGAUUUCAACUUUUCAGUCUCUUGUUUUUCUUGGAGGACAGCUUAGCUUGGCUUUAUGUGUCCUUUUGUGUUUAAACUAUUACAGUAUUGCAUUAGGAGCAGCCUCACUCUCUCUGGUGGUGACUUAUCCCCUUAUGAAGAGAAUAACAUACUGGCCUCAGCUGGUCUUGGGUCUCACCUUCAACUGGGGUGCUUUACUUGGCUGGUCAGCCAUCAAAGGCUCGUGCGACUGGUCUGUUUGCUUACCUCUGUAUUUCUCGGGGGUUAUGUGGACGCUGAUAUAUGACACCAUUUAUGCUCAUCAGGAUAAAGAAGACGACAUUACUAUCGGUGUGAAAUCAACAGCCCUCCGAUUCAGUGAAAACACAAAACAGUGGCUCAGUGGCUUCAGUGCCCUAAUGCUUUUGGGUCUGACUGCAACAGGAAUGAACUGUGAUCAGACUUUCCCAUACUACACAGCUGUGGCAGCUGUAGGCAUCCAUUUGGCGCAGCAGAUAUACACUUUGAAUAUACACAGUCCUGAAGACUGCUGGAGAAAGUUUUCUUCUAAUCGCACAGUAGGGCUCUUGCUUUUCAUAGGGAUUGUUCUUGGGAAUUCACAGAAAAGGAAAGAUACAGAAGAAACAAGAAAAUCUUUAGAUGGAACUUAGUGCAAACAUGAGGGACAUUUUUGUAUGGCCAAGAAAAUAAGCCCAAGGAGAUUUCAAAAAAUAGUUCUGGACUGUUUUAGCGACCUAUUUCUUUGCACUUGUGGAAGUGGUCCUUAAAAUAAGAAGAUUAGACAUCUUUUUAUGUCUAAAGUCUGUGAAUAUGUAGUCUGGGUAAUAAAAUGUUUGAGAUCUUCUUACGGAAGUUUUGGAGAAAUGCCUACGUGUCUGCACCGAAAUCUGAACACAGUGAAAUUGCAGCAGGUGUUCCAGAAUUGCUUUGUAAAUACAACCUGUUAUUUUGCAGCUCUAACACUAGUGCAAAUAGUUAUACUUGUUAAAUACUUGGUUGGCAAAAAAAGUUAUAUUGUGAUGUAUUCUGGAACAAUGAAGCUUAGACUAUAUUUUGACUUUUGUCCAGGUGACAUUUGGCUUUGCGGUGUUCUCACUUAUACCAUUUAAGUGUUCUAGAUCCACACAGCUGGUUCCUACUCGUGUAAUUUUGGGAUAGCUGCCAGUGAGGUGUAACGGUUAGGAGAUGCACUCUUGGGCAGGUGUUGGCCCGGGCACCAUUUUCCCUCCUUACACCUCUGACUGAAGUCCCUUCCCCUCCCCAAACCUGACUCUCCUCUGGCUCCACCCCCCCCCCACCUCCCCAAAUCCAGGUAUUUUCCACCCCUGAGCUGGUAACCUUAUGGAUCAGUCCAAAGGCUCAUCUAGUUCACACACAGAAGCGUUUGUUUGGGUUUAUACCCCCCUUCUCUCAUGUAAGAAGACUCAAAGGGGAUUACAAGCUCCUUUCCCUUCCUCUCCCCACAACAGACAUCUUGUGAGGUAGGUGGGGCUGAGAGAGU